AUGUCACAGACCCAGCUACGGAGUCGCGCCCAUGCAGCCGUCGAGUACGAGCUACAAGCUCAAAAGCUUUCCCUUGAACCCUCGUCACAGACAAGUGACGAUGCCGACAAGCCUGGUCAUGCCGUUGAAGCAAAGUUCAUUACCCCCCUGGACCCGGUCAUCGAGACUGUAGAUGGCAACAGACUACCAGCCGUCCCCGUCCAAGAAGCACACAAGAUCAACUUGUUGAAAAACCGUUGUGAGGGCCGAGCGUACCGGCCAGGACGACCGCGCGGGUUGAGCCGAUUUGACAGGCAGAGGGCUGGGCCUGGGAAGGUUGACCGGAACGAGUUGAUGAAAGAUGACCAGGAGAGUGAAUCCAGCCGACUAGACGAAGCAAUCCCUGUCCUUCAUACACACCCGCUAUUUCCUCCUUUGCCCCUUUAUGGCCCUCCGUCACUCCUACGAAACCUCCAAUGCGCAGUACUUCGAACGACAUCAGCUGUACUCUCCACAGCCUUUCUUACCGUCAUUGUUCUCGGGGCGUUGUUUACGUCAAUACCUCACUUUGUGAACUAUGCCUGGUCACGGCUUACCUUUCGAGAUCCUUACAAGAGCAGGCCAUUCUAUAACGAGGAGAAACGACGUUCGCUUAUACGCAAGAAAAAAGAUAAGGAAUGGGAGAGGCGCACGGCGAAACAGGAUGCAACUGCUCAGAAUGGUGCAAUAAAGCCGGCUGCUUCGUCACAGGAGUCGUUGAUGCCGCUCGAAGGGGGACCUGACAAACUAGUUUGCGACAUCAGGUAUUAUGCGCGUCGAGUCGGUCUAGACGCCGAAGAAUUCAAAGUACAGACAGAAGACGGGUUUGUUUUAUCAUUAUGGCAUAUCUACAACCCUGCAGAGUACACACCUCGUCCAAUUGCGGAGCGACAACCAGACGAGCCUACUGUUUUCACAAGUUCCAAAGAGAAUGUCCAACAACACUUUCAGACGCAGUACUGCGACGGCAACAGAAGAUACCCCGUCCUACUCGUUCAUGGGCUUCUACAGAGCGCAGGUGCUUAUUGUGCAAAUGACGACGACAGUUUGGCCUUUUUUCUCUGUAAGUCUGGGUACGAUGUAUGGUUAGGAAACAAUCGUUGCGGAUUCAACCCUAAGCAUAGCCUGCUACAGUAUCACGAUCCACGGAUGUGGGCAUGGAAUAUCCGACAGAUGGGGGUGAUGGACCUUCCUGCAUUCAUAUCCCGAGUUCUGGAAGAAACAGGAUUUGAGAAGCUGGGGCUAGUGUGUCACAGUCAAGGCACUACAGAAGCAUUCGUGGCUUUGGCAAAAGAGCAGCGACCAGAUCUGGGUGACAAAAUCAGUGUCUUCUGCGCUCUCGCCCCUGCGGUUUAUGCAGGCCCCUUGAUUGGCAAGAUGUAUUUCAAGUUCAUGCGGGUUAUCUCGCCGUCGAUGUUCAGGGUGUUUUUUGGCAUUCACAGCUUCAUCCCCCUGAUGAUGACCAUGCACCGUACACUUCCUGGCAAGAUCUAUGGUGCUCUAGGCUACCGGGUUUUCUCGUUCCUGUUUGAUUGGACAGACAAGCGAUGGGAUCGAGGUCUUCGGAACCGGCUCUUUCAAUUCUCGCCCGUCUAUGUGAGUGCGGAGAGCAUGAGGUGGUGGUUGGGUCGAGAAUGCUUUGCGACGCAAAAGUGCAUUCUAGCCACGCGGGAAGAGGGACAAACAGAAGAGGAGGAUGACGGAGACGAAAGCUCUGAGCCUGCUGCGUCCGAUGGAGAGGAUCGAGGCAGAACCGCGUGGUAUGACGAACAUGUGCCUCCCCUGGCGCUCUGGGUUGCUGGAAGUGACGAUCUGGUUGAUGGUCGGAGACUUUUACGGCGAUUCGCGCGUGGGCGCGAACCAUUCGUGCAGGUGAUCCACAGCAAGGUGAUUGAGGAAUAUGAACAUCUCGAUGUGCUUUGGGCAAUGGAUGCUGUGGAGCAGGUGGGCAACGAAGUUCGUGAGGUGCUUUGGAAGACGAUGCCAGAGGAGGCAAGACGGGUAUGCAGAGAGAUAUCUGGUGUCGUGGCGCUGGGGGAGGGGAUCGUCAAACAGGUGGCUGUCUAA